AACCGAAACCCAUAACCCCAACCCCAACCCCAACCCUAACCCAGCCCGUGCCACUGUUCUGCAUCUCUUCUGUCUUUCACUAACACUACUCUACAGUAUAUCAACAAGUCUUACCAUCCUGGACCCUCAUCACAACUUCCUUCAUCUCCAAGACCUCCCGGCUCCUCCCACCCCAACCAGCAAAAAACUGGCCCAACCAGUGUACUUAAACCAAAACAUGAGCCAUCUUGGGUUAUCCCCUGAGGAAGCAAGACCAUUUGCGAAACGUCGGGACCCCGCUUCUGUGUAUGUAUACUCUUUUUACCUUUUGUUUUAAUUCCUCGCACUAGAGGUUUUAUUUCAAUUGGCCUUUGUUUUAAAUUGUAUUGGUUUUAAACGUAGCACUAUUAAAGUAUUGGCUUUUAAAACACUGGGUGGAGGGCUCUGCCAGCCCAUGCACCAAGACUCUUUUACCUGCUGCCACUAACAAAAUUGCAAGAGACCUACCACUAGCACAAGCUGCCACCCACAAGCCACAUCCGUGGCACCUGAUAUCCACACCGGACCUUCACCCAGGAGACCAGGGUUCACUCCCCACCUCAACCAACAAGAAAAUCCACUCCGGCCUUCAUCUCCACCACCUCCAGAGAAAGCCACAGGUCGACACCAUCCAACGACCACCAUCUUACCCUUCUUUCAUCCACCUACAAGGUAAGAGCCCUCCAUUCCUCUCCAAAAUUAAGUGUUUCAUGUUUAACCAUUCCAGAGUCCCUGCUGCACACAGGAGCGGAGCCCAAGAUGGCUCCCCCUCCACACACUCAUCCACACACACACACACACCUACAACCACACAUAGACAUACACGAAACUCCACCACACCACAACCACUCAUGUCACUAAUCACACAACCGAUCACAAAUAGGCCCACUAGGUUCACUCCACAACAACAAUACACUUCACCAGUAAUCAACCAGGCACCAGAUCCGGAAACCAGGGAAACAAGCAAACUAUACUUCAAAUUCAUACAGGCCACACACCACAAACAUAUUAUGGACACAGCAAUAAUCACUGGUAAAUUCCCACCUGGCAUGCUAAGACAAGUAACCCGGCUCACUGAUUUCAUUAAACCCUCCACACCCACCCCAGAAACUCGCACCAAAAUACACAACAACACCACACUAUGGAUGCAUAACACCAUCACCAUUUUGUCAGAACACUACAGCAACACCUUAUCAGCCAUAGACACCUCCACCUACAACCCUAUAGCAUUUCAGAUAGCCACCGGUUGGGCCAGAAAACGCUAUGGAGAUAGACUCACCACCGGAACCAUACAAGCCACAGAAGUACACCUACAAUCAACCACGGAGAAGCAACCAUCACAACAACACAGCCAUCAACCCAGACAACGGACCAGCAUUCUACCCACCAUCCCCGAAGAACAAUACCCCCCUCUACCCAAACCUGUCAACUCCAGUACACUGUCCCUUUACCUAGGCCCCCGACCAACCAUUACAGAAGAGAUCACACAGAUGACACCACCAACUGGCACACCCACCCAACCCCAUCAAGUCACAGCAGGAACACAGACGACACCCCCAAUCAAGACCAACACACCCCAAGCAAGCUACAUCCCCUCACCCUACCCAGUCUACAAACCAGCCAAAACCACUAAUCCCACCACCCACAAACCCAUCCGCACAGGCCCCAUCCGACCCCCACCAACGACAGCACCAACCCCCGCAUCCAGAAACCCAGAUCCGGAUAUCACCCCACCAGCUCCAGCCACCUCCACCCCACAUCCCCAGAGGACCCGCAAAGUAACCUGGGGACCACUACCAACAGCAGAAGAUACCUAUCCCGGCACCCCACACACCCCCAUUUCCCCCAUCUCUCCCCCCACUCCUCCCAUGUUCAAACCCCGCCAACCCCCAACUACCUCCCAGACAGCAGCCCAAGUUCAUCACCCCACCCGCCACUUCUACAGAAACUCAGAACUGCAAACAGUCACCCUCAACACCCGUUCCAAUGUCUCUGUUCACAUCACUGACUCCAUUUUGACUUCCUCUCCCCUCACAGAACCCGAAGGCUCCCGGGCGGAACAGGUCAGGCAGCAGACACCCAAAAACAAUACCCUGGCAGGCAGAGACAUGAUGACAGGGUCAAAUAAGGUCGAUUCUGACCAACAUCCAAUCCCUUCUGAGCCCUCUCCUGCCCCAACAAGGGAAACGGUGCUGUCUGGCCUGCCCGCCUCGGGAGCUGGCCCCACUCCGACAUCUCCCACUACCCCCAACAACAACCACCUGUCUCCACCCUGUCAGACCUCCUCCCCCAUACCCUCUCUCCCUUCCAACCUAACCACACCUACCCAACCCCCCUCCAUCCCCCCCUCUCCUCUCCCCUCCUCUACCCCAUCCCCUUCCCCCUCACCCCCUCAUCCUCCCUCUCCUCCUCCCCACUCUCCACAGGACACCCCGACAAUAUCAGAACCAGCUGCCAGUAUUCACCCCACCCCUCCUGACUUCACCCUAUACAGGCCAAAUUACCACAUUGCACGUCCCUCCCGCAAAAUACAAGACUGGUCCUUCAAACCACGUAAAGCCAUACUCAUCCUUGGAGACUCCAACAUUAACCGGAUCCCAGCCCACCCCUACCCCAACAUCCAACUGGACAGUUACCCCGGAGCCAACACCUACCACUUCACAAAAGUCAUGGAAAAAACCCCGGUCAAUCACCACGUCAAAAUCCUCAUCAUCUCCAUCGGCACCAACAACAAGGACCAGGACGCACGUCAAACUUCAAUAAAACAGCUUAAAACCGUCUUCCGCCUGGCUGGGUCGACCUUCCCCAACGCAGACAUCUACUUUCCCAUAAUUAACUUCUCCCCACAACUCACCACCACCCAGAAAAGCAACCUCACCCUCAUCAAUAAUGUAAUGGCCACACACUUCCCCAUCCUCCUGGAAAUACCCCACGACACCUUCACCACCGAAAAAGACAAUAUUCACUGGACCCCAUUCACAGCCAGCCGCAUCUUCGAAAACUGGCUAAGACAAUUAAAUUUACCCUAA